CAGGGGGUCAAACUUACCCAUCAUACCUCGUACAUGCAUUGCUUCAUCUGGUUUGUUUCAACUCUCAUUGAAGCUACUGAAAAUGGUGACGACAAGGCUCCGAUCGACCGCCGUCAAAGUGGUGCAGAGCCAUCUAUCUCCGAUGCUUAAUUCGUUCCUACGGUCCUUUCGCCCUGUGUGGCAGCCUCUCGAAUUUCCCACCGAAAACAUCACCCUGGUUGCACCACACCAGAAGAUUGAAGAAGAGACCAUUCCAGACUAUCUCGCGGCUCGCUACUACCCUGUCCGUAUUGGAGACGUCAUUCAUAAUCGCUACCAAGUCGUAGGCAAGCUGGGCUAUGGCACUACUUCAACCGUGUGGCUUGCUCGGGACCUGAGUGGCCGUCGGCACGUCGCUCUGAAGCUGUUUAUCCUCACCUCAUCACUGGGGGAGCACCUAGAUGACGAGAUCAACAUUUAUCAUCGCAUAGCCGACGCGGCUACGCGCGGCCAUCCCGGCCGAAUUGCCGUCCGCCCGCUUCUUGACUCUUUUGAUGUGAAGGGCCCGGACGGGCAGCAUCGAUGCCUCGUACAUCCGCCACUCUGGGACAGCGUGCUCGCGCUACUCCAUCGAAAUCCCGCGCAAAGACUACCGACGCUGGUUCUUGCCGCCGUUCUCAAGUAUCUCUUCCGAGCACUGGACUUCCUACACACGGAGUGCCACAUUGUGCAUACAGACAUCAAAGCCGAUAAUAUCAUGUUCGGGAUAGGGGCUACCGAUCCGGUGUUUACCACGUUUGAGCAGCACGAACUCAACAGCCCGUCGCCUAGGAAGGAAGUAGAUGGACGGUUUAUCUACUUGACCCGCGAGCUCGCUGUGCCCCAAAACCUGGCGAAUCCGGUACUAUGCGACUUCGGCUCCGCCGUGCUGUUGGACGACGGCCGGGAGCACCGCGAAGACGUUCAGCCGGACGCAUACCGCGCACCCGAGGUUAUCCUCGAGGCGCCGUGGACAUACAGUAUUGAUAUCUGGAACGUAGGGUGUAUGAUUUGGCAUGUGUUCGAGGGUGGCCACCUGUUCAGCGGCCGCGAUCCUGAGCACGCGGCAUACCGGAGCCGCGCGCACCUUGCCGAGAUGGUUGCGCUGCUCGGCCCGCCACCGCCAGGCCUGCUAGCGCGGGGCAACCGCAGCAGCCAGUUCUUCUCGAGCACGGGCGAGUUUUGCGCCGGGAUUCCAUUGCCCGCCGCACGGUCGCUUGAGGACAGGGAGACGACGCUUAGGGGAGAGCAAGAGGACAGGGCGUCCUUCCUGCGCCUCAUGCGCAAGAUGCUGCAGUGGGAGCCAGAAAAACGCAGCUCGGCGAAGGAGUUGAUGGAGGACGAGUGGCUCCGUAAGCACACAGGAGGAAAAUGACGGAAUCUGUGCUCAAUUUUGCCAUGGGCCGAGGCCGCUCAGCCGGAGUUAAGCCUGCUGCAUUCAAGCGUGCGAUAUUCGUUUUCAACUGAAUCGCCUUCCCAGGCUGUGAAACAGCGGAAAGCGCCUGUACCCAGUCCAUUUUUGCCAGAAUCAAGGGCUUGAUUGACGACACAGUGCGAGCCUCACGCAGCCCUGACGGUGCCG